AUGGCCUCGCUCCGAAACAUGCGGUGGACGUUGCGUGGCCCCCGCGGCGGCGUCGACAAUUUGGUGUACGGACCCGACCCUGCGACACAACCGACAGAGCUCGGCCCGGAUGAUGUCCGCGUCUCCAUGCACGCCGCUUCGCUCAACUAUCGCGACAUUGCCAUUGCCAAGGGCAGCCUCCCGGCCACACAGCCCACGCCCGGCACCGUGCCCGGGUCGGACGGCGCCGGUGUCGUCCACAGCGUGGGAUCCAACGUCACUGCAUUUCGACCCGGCGACAAGGUCCUCCCGCACAUGGUGCACUCCGUCACCGGCGACGGCGUCUUGCCGCGCCUCGACAGCAUCUCGGCUGGUCUCGGCCAGGCGCGGGACGGCACGCUGGCCCACGAGGCCGUCUUUGCCCAGGACAGCCUCGUGCGCAUGCCCAGCAACAUGUCCUUUGCCGAGGCGGCGACGCUCGGCUGCUCGGGGCUGACGGCGUGGAAUGCCCUCUUUGGCCUGCGCGGCCGGGCGGUCCAGGCCGGCGAUUGGGUGUUGGUGCAGGGCUCGGGCGGCGUCAGCAUCGCCGCCCUGCAGUUGGCCCGUGCCGCGGGCGCGACCGUGGUGGCCACGACGGGCAAGGGAGCCGACGUGGUGGCGCGCCUGACGGCCCUCGGCGCGGCCCACGUCCUCGACUAUAAGACCGACCCGCACUGGGGACCCACCGCACGCAAACUCACGCCCGACGGCCGCGGGUUUGACUUUGUUGUGGACGUUGGCGGCGCCGUGGCCACGCUCGGCCCGUCGCUCCAGGCCAUCCGAACCGACGGCAUCAUUUCGCUGGUCGGCGUCCUCGACGCAGGAAACACCAGCGCCGACACCAAGGUCGACAUGCUGGCCGCAUUGUGGACCAUCUGCACGGUUCGUGGUGUCGUCCUCGGCUCCAAGGCCAUGUUUCGGGACAUGGUCGCUUUUUGUGAACGGCACAAUGUCCACCCGGCCCUGGACGACGUUGCGUUCCCUCUGGCGGACACAGUUGCCGCGUACAAGCGUGUCGAGGAGCAAAAGCACUUUUCCAAAGUCGUAAUCCAAAUUCGGUAG